AUGGUGAUUCGAAACGAGGGAAAACGACAUCACAUUUUUUUUGUUCAAUAUUUGAAUGUUUUUCAUAUAGACAUGCUGAUUGAGAUUACGGUUUGAUAGACUGCAGUUAAAUAGGAAAACAUUUCACAAAUAUGCAGAACGAUAGAUCUAUAAACAAUUACGAUAAGCAACACGGUUUCAAGACACUAAAAAGAAUGCCCGUACGAACUUUUCUGCGAGAAUCCUCCUUGUGAUUACACUUUCAGAAUACACAGAGAGAAGUAACAAGUCUGUAGUCAAAAUUUAAUGUCAAAUGAAAAAAAUGCACAAAGCUAAAUACAGCCAGGAGCAGACUAAUUCACAAAAAAAUCGCAAUUCACUGCGAGUACUCCAAAAUCAUAAAAAAAAACAACCACAUUGCCAAAAUAAAGCUAAUAAAUCCACAUGUAUGAAGCAGAGUUCCUUAAACUGACAACAUGAUGGAGAAAGAAAAAAUUGAGAAACUGAUGUGAUGAGCCGUAGAAAACCUGAGCGAGAAUUCCCAGUAAAGUUGGAAAUAUUUUAUUGACAAAUUUUCAGUGUGGCCAAACAUUCACACUGACAGUAUGGCCACCAUAAAAGGUGAAUCCAAAACAAACGAAACAGAAUAAUAGAGGACUAGUUUUGGUCAGGCCAUGAAUAAAAGAAUAAAACAUGCCAAAGGAAAAUGUUGGAAAGAAACAUACGUCUACAUUUGCUACUGUGUGACCAAUUGAUGGACUUGCUAACCCAGCCAUUGAGAUAAUGUCACCAGCUCCAGCACUAUCGAUCAUUAUCAUCGAUGUGCCCUUCUUCUUCAUAAGCUUCGUAAUCUACAGAAGCAGCCAUGGUGGAUGAGUUUCACACAUUUGAGGAAACAAAGAACUCAUAUUGCUAGAAUGCAUGUCUACAUUAAGGUUAUAGAUACACAUAUUUAUUUGCAAUGACCUUUCCUUCCUCAAUCUUCUCAGUUCCUUUAUCAGUGUUACGUAGUGCGUGUAUUCUGUCUCCAAUUUGAAUAACCCCAGAGAAAAUUCGGCCAGUCAGUAUUCGUCCAAGAUAAAAGUCGCGCUCCAUCAUAGAAACCUACAAAAAACUGGAGUGCAUAUUUCGAACGUCCACAUAAAUAAGAAAUAUGAUGCAUGCCCCCACGAAAAGAUUGUCAGUGAUGAUGAUGCUGAUUAAGAAUUAGGUGUAUCUCAAUGCCUGUCGAUUCAAAAUAAAAACCAAAAAAUACAGAACAAUCUUCAUGAACUCCAAAGAUUUACACAAGUUUGUGCACCCAAAAAUGAUGGCCCCCAUAAAAAAAGAAACAUUCGUCAACCAUAGAAAGAAAAUCGGCAGUGAAUCUUACAUACUCACUUUUCCAGCAUAAAAGAAAAAGUCAAAAAAUUACAAAUCAAAUUUUUAGUCUCCUCAAAUGUCAAAGAACAGAAAAGUUAGUCCAUGAUUGUAGAUCCGACCAAAGCUCCAGUGUAGUUUUGUACAAGUUUCAUUAUAAUGAAAACAUUAAACUAA